AUGUUCAUAACUCGACCGCUUCUUCUUCGAGACUUCUCUCAGCAGACCUCAGCUGUGGAAAGUCGUCAAAAAGAGUAUCUUCGAGUCUGUCUUACCACGAUUGGCGAUACUUUGCGAUUGGUCUUGGAGCUUGCCAAAGAUAAUUUGCUCUUUCCUGCCUUCUGGUAUACCCAGUAUAUCGCUUUCAAUGCCAUUUCGAUUGCAUACAUAUACAUCAUACAUUCCAAGCGAGGGCGCAUCCCUCACAACUGGCUUUUCCCCAGAGAUCAAGAAUAUGACUCUGAUGCUGUGGAUCCUACAGUCCUUUAUCAAUUAGCAGAAGCCACCCAAUAUCAUCUUGGCCAUGCAACAGAGAUGAAUGCUCUAGCUUGGAGAUAUACUGUUGUGCUUGAAGCUCUGAGAAUCGAGACUAUCGGCCAAAAUGAUAGCAAUGGCACCCGGGAUCAUUCACCCGAAUCAAGGGACUUACCUAAUGGAGGGGAGGUUCGCCAAGAGCUCUCAACAGGGGUCGAAAGAUCUGGAGACCCGCCUUUUGAAACAGUUUUGGGACCAGGAAAUCAGCAGACCUCGGUUGACUUGACAGCUAUUCCAAUUCCCUUGUUAGAACCUCUUGAUGCAUCUGUUCAAAGCUUGGAUCAAUUCGAUCCCGGAAUUGGCAGCUUGUUGGCAUUUAAUGACGCGACUGACGAACUUUGCCUGGACUUCUGGCCGCAGCUGGAUCGCCUUCCGACUUGUAUGUAA